AUGAAUAGUGGUGGUUUGGCAGCAGUUUUGCCUUCAACAUCCGUUGUUGAAGAGGAGUCAGCAGUUACACCAAACGACAUGACAUAUGUUGAUGAGAGGUUUAGUGCGCGGUGGAAAGAACGACGUGCUAGAUUUUUGGGUUGCAUUGAAAAUACCAAAUUAAUAGCAGAACGGACAAAACAAAGACAGGAGAAUGCUCGAAUAGAACGACUGAAAAAAGAAAGGACCGAAAUGGAAAAGUAUCGUCGAAGAUAUUUGGAAGCAGCAAUGAAACAGUACAUGGAGCAGCAGGCGAAACCUCGGGAAGCGCCAGCAUCGAUAACCCAUCAUCAUCCACAGCUUCUUUCUUCAUCGCAGAGUUAUUCUGGAUGUAUGCAAGUAUUACGGACUGCACCUCCUUUUGCAUCAAGUUAUCCAUCCAUGUCUACUUCUAAGCCAAAUAUUCGAAAACGACCAUUUGAAGGGAAUAGUGGAUGGACACAGUACACACACAUGGCUAUUUUGAGUGAUCAGCGUAAUAUAUAUCACGGAAAAGAGCCAGAAAUAUUUCAGAAUAGUGCUGCAAUGCAGACUAAUAAUUCACUUAAAUAUUCAACUAUGAUAUCGAAACAAGUCCCUUAUUGUCCAACAACUAGUUAUAGUGAUAGAAGGGAUUGUAACAAAUCGAUGGAUAAAGAAACACAUCAGAUGAAUUCUAUUGUCUCCGAAUUAGAAAGAGCCGAACAAUACGAUCAGACAAGAUUGGGCAGUUCAAUAUUACCAACAACAUCACAAGCACACGAAGCUGAAGUUUCCACCAUUCCCGAAGAAAUGAGCAAUUUGUCAACGAUGCCGGAGUUAGCUGAAUCGCACGUGAAAGAUCUGAUGGACCAAAUUGGACCGAGUAAUUCACUGGAUGAUCUUGGAGGAAACUGUCUGGAAGGAGUGUUGGUUAAUCGUUGCGAUGAACAGCCAUCCACAUUAGCUACGGAAACGGAGAAACUCAAAGUGCAAUCCGCAAGCAGUUCGAUAGUUUCACCGAUGUCAGCUACCUGUGGUACGCCCAAUAGUGUACCGUCUCCAGCACAUCUUUCUUCAUCCGCUCGAUGUUCCACGAAUUCAUUUUACGACUCACAUAGUGCUGCUGUAACACCUCAACAAAACGCCCUUACACCACCUUGCGAUCAGCCACAGAGAAACCCAGUAGCAUCAGUAUUAGCAGUACCAGCAGCACCUGCAGCAAUGGUAGUACAAGACAAUCCUUUGUUGUGUACUAGGAAUGCCAGUAGCAGUAACAGUACGAGUAGUGUUGGUAGCACGAAUGCUAUGCCAUUAACAUCAUUAGUUGGCAAUAAUAAUGUCAAUGGUAGCAGUAGCAGCGCUUACACAAGUGCAGCUGCAAUUCCAUCGGCAGUAAUAGCAUCCGGUCAGCGUCUACAUCAACCACCACAACAACAGCAGCACCACCACCACCAGCAGCAGCAUUAUCAUCAUCAGCUUGCGCAUUUUCAACAUUACGAUCAUUCGCGUCAUCAACAACAACAACAGCUACUAAAUUUAUUUAACAACGGAUGCCAUAUGUCUACAAACAGUGCCCAACUUUCACAUAUGAAUAAUACAAGGAUGUGUAAUGGAAUUGAGUAUCCAAAGUUCGGUUAUUGCUACAAUCAAUAUAGCAGUCCAAAUAAAUCAUCUAUUUUUCCGCGCUUUCCAUCUCAUACGUUCAUAGAAUGUUCUACGCCACAACACUAUGAUGUCUAUUCGAAUAAAUAUCCAAACAACGGAAUGUCCUAUUAUGUACAGCAACCAGAAGCGAAUGUGCAGCAACAAGCAUAUCAGUUUGAAGUUCCCCUAUUCCAACCUACAUAUCACCAUAAUCAUUACCACGGUAAUGGUAAUGAUCCAGUGACGGUUACACCAAAUCCAGUUUAUCCGAUGAACCAUUUUUGA